AUGACCAAGAGACAAAAACUUGAGAGUUUACCUAAAUUCUCUGAUACCCACAAAGUUCCUUCAGAUAAACAUGUGGUAAAAUACUUGACAGAAGAAAAUAAACCGUAUAAUAUACUCAAAGAUCGUUUACAACCAUUCAAAAAAUUAGAAACUAAAGGUGUUGUCCACAUAUUUGAUCACGAUAUUAGAUCUCAAGACAACAGAGGACUUUAUGAAGCUACCCAAAUUGGUAAGAAGGUAAAAGCCCCCGUUUAUGGAUUAUAUGUUCAUUGUACUGAAGAUUUGUAUAAUCAUGCGGUUAGUGCUUUCCAAUUGACUUACAAGAUCGAUGCUUUGAACCACUUAAAAAGCGAUUUAGAAAAAUUGAAGAUCCCCUUAACUAUUUUAGAAGUCGAAAAAUCCAAAGAUGUUGAUAAGGAGAUAAUUAAUUGGUGUAAGGAAAGAGAAAUUGAUUAUAUUACCACUAAUAUGGUUUACGAAGUUAACGAAUUAAGAUUGGUCACUAGAUUAUGUGAUAAGUUUGAUGGCCAUGUAAGUGCAUAUCAAGAUAAUUGUAUCGUACCCCCAGGUGAAUUGAAAAGUGGUAAAGGGACACAAUAUUCCGUCUUUACACCUUGGUAUAGAUCAUGGGCUAAAUAUGUAAACGCCAAUGGCAUUGAAACUUAUGAGCCCGAAGCUAAUGGGAAAUUACCAGAGAAAAGUAAUGUUUCUUUUAAAGUUCCAGAUGAUAAAAAAUUAUCUACUGAACAUAAAAAAACCUAUGAUAAGCUUUAUAAGUCAAUGUCCAGCUACGAUGGUGCUAUGAAAAGGUUCCACGAUUAUGCCGACAACAUGGAAGAUUACGAUGAAAACAGAAAUAACUUGACUUAUAAUGCAUCACAUCUCAGUGCCCCUUUGGCAAUCGGUGUCAUUUCAUCACGUACCAUAAUCAGAUAUUUACUUGAUAAUAAAAUAAAGAAAGUCGAUCAAGGUGACGAUGGAACAGUUCAAUGGGUAAGACAAAUAGCUUGGAGGGAUUUCUAUAAACAUAUUGUUGCCAACUGUCCGUUUGUAUGUAUGCACAAACCUUUCCAACUUGAUUAUAGUGAUAUUGAAUGGGAAUACAAUAAGGAACAUUGGUUAGCAUGGUGUGAAGGAAAUACUGGUUUCCCUGUUGUUGAUGCUUGUAUGAGACAACUUAAUACCACAGGGUACCUUUCAAACAGAGGUAGGAUGAUUGUUGCUUCAUUUUUAACUAAACAUUUAAUGAUUGACUGGAGAUAUGGAGAAGAGUACUUCCUGAACCAUUUAGUUGACUGUGAUUUUGCUUCCAAUAAUGGAGGUUGGGGAUUUUGCUCAAGUGUAGGAGUUGACCCACAACCUUACUUCAGAAUCUUCAAUCCUUAUUUACAAUCCACGAGAUUCGAUUCUGAUGGUGAAUUCAUCAAACAAUGGGUCCCUGAAUUGAAAUCUUUAGAUACUAAAAAAAUACAUCACCCUGAUGAAAUAGAAAAUUAUCCUGAACCUAUCGUUGAUCAUAAGACAGCCAGGGAAAGAGCUUUGGAAAGAUAUGCUGAUGCUAGGUAA